CGGCUUUAUAGACGUCCCAGUGGCAGAUACUACUGGUUGUAAUAAGACCUAGAAUGGAUUCGCUAAUCUACUUCCAGAACUGAACAUCCUCGUUCAUUAUGCAGGGCUUGAGCUUCUUCUUCUGUUCGAGGUCGAAGAUCUGGAGAGUCCGGGAUCAUUGUGCAGGACUUAAGCUCGACAAUGACAACUUCAGGCUGGGCGGCUUCGUUCUUCUAACACACACCCCUUUCGGACCUCAUGACCCAGAUUUGGGCAUCACCAUACCCGUGGUUCUGGCUACCGAUCAAAUAUCAGCCGGUAUUCUGAUAGUCUUGGUGGUUCUGACUCGCUUCUAGAUAGAGAAGGCCAGAGUCCUGACCUUAUCGUUCGCCUUCAACAAGGGGAUGAAGCACGCGUCCUUAUCACUGAUUGGGCCAAUCUCGCAAUCCGCUGUCGCCAUCCCGCCCGUAGUUGCACGUGAGAUCUUC